AUCAAUAAAACCCAAUAAAAUCUCGCAUCGCCCUCGCCCCUCGCUCGUUCUCUGUCCCGUCGCCUGACCCCAUCUCCGCCUCCACGCGCUGCCGGCGCCUCUUCCCAGAGAGUCGAAGCCCGCCCCCGCCGGAAAGCUUCCGAACCCCGUCGACUAGUGCGGCGUGGGUAAGGUUUUCCUCCGCCUCUUCAGUUCGCCCCCACCCGUCGUGGCCUCGGGACCCCCUUGGGCUGGAUCUAGGGUUGCAAGGGGGCGGGUUCUGGAGGCCUCGGCAAGGAUGGAGGUUGACGAUGUCGCCGUCGACGAACGCACCUUCAAGGCCGACUUCACCGACGCCGGCGUCGACCAGCUACGGUUGCGCAUGCGGGAGAAGCUGCGGGAGUUCAAGGACGCCGAAGAAUCCCUGGUGGAAUAUGUUAUUGUGCUGCUCAGAAAUGGUAGACGCAAGGAUGAGGCCCGUAAGGAGCUCCAUAUUUUUCUGGGAGUUGAUGAAAGUGCAUCUUUUGUUUCGUGGUUGUGGGACCAUCUAUCUUUAAAUUUGCACCUAUAUGUGAAAACACAAGAAAAACGUGAGGUGGGGAAUAAGGAUGAUGGAACCCCAAAAGAACUAUAUGGAGGAAAUAUAUCAUCAGAGACGCACUUGAGAAGCAAUGAUCAAACUCAUGUUGAACAUACAAGUGAAUCAAAUACGGCCACCAGAAGUCAGAAUAAGAGGGAAUGGAAGGUUAUUGGUCGUGAAGGCAAUAGAAACUUUCCACUUCGAAGUGUACUAACGGAUAUUUUGCAUGGAGAAGAGAAAAAGCCGCAAAAGUCUACUGAAAUACGUCAGCCUCCAUCGUCUAAUCAACGGAAUGGCAGAAAGCGUGACAGGGAGGACGAACCACAACAAACAAAGAGAGAAUUGCCUUCUCGUCCCCUGCUUGGUGCUUCCCGCCGUCUCUUGCAAUUUGCUGUUCGAGAUGCUGUAAAGGCUGUACAGCCAACCAGCGGCUCUACCGAGACAUCUUCUAAGCGCUUACGUUCUGUGGUUUCUACAUCCACAGACAACAUGCAUGGUAGACAGUUAGAAAGAUCUGCAGACAGCUUGCCUGACAGGAGAUCAGAAAGAUCUACAGACAGCCUGCAUGACAGGAGAUCAGAAAGAACUACCGACAGCCUGAAUGACAGGAGAUCAGAAAGAUCUACAGACAGCCUGAAUGAGAAAAGGUCAGACAGAACCAGGAUUCUGCAAGUACCCGGAGCCGCUUUAGCUCUUAGAGCUGCCAAGGAGGCUGCGGCAGAUUCUUCCAAGGCUAGAUCUACCGGAAGUGUAUUCAGUCGAUUGGGUCAAGGGAAUGUUCUGAAUCAACCAUCCCAUUCUCGUGAAGAGAAGAAAGGGCAUGAGGAUAUUGAACCAGCUACAACUGUAGAUGGUCAUGAUUCUGAUCAUUAUGAUGAUGAUGAGAUAUCUGGAGAUCUGGACAUAGCUGAUGGGGAUGCUGAAAUGAAUGUUGAUUCUACGUCUGAUUAUGAUGUGGACAUAGAUGAUGAAAUUAGCAGGUACCAAAGUUCUGUUUCACAUCGAGGCACCCUCUCUUCAGUUGUGGAGAAGAAUUAUAUAUCGACAAAAUCCAGUGCUGAACUGGAGACCAACACAAUGAGGCCUUCAAGUUUGACUAGUGAGGAGCAACCCCUUUCUUCAUCACCAAUAAGAGCAAGCAAAACUGCUGCUGCUCCGGUUAAUCUCAAUCCUGUGGAGCCUCCCAAUAAUGGAACCCUGAAAGAUGUUCAUCUUGUGGAGAAGCCAGACACCACACCUGUGAAUGCUAAUGUUACCUCUCCGGCCAUUAAUGUCAAAGAAUUAGGCCAUGGAGAAGUCCAAAGGGAUUCACAGCGACCUGCAACAUCUGCUGCAAGUUCGUAUAGUACUGCACAUCCCACUGAGGAUGCAGAUUCAAGGACCCUCUAUGUCAGCAAUGUUCACUUUGCUGCUACCAAGGACUCACUGUCUCGCCAUUUCAACAAGUUUGGUGCAGUGCUGAAAGUAGUCAUUGUUACUAAUGCAGCAACAGGGCAGCCAACGGGGUCCGCUUAUGUGGAAUUUUUACACACAGAGUCGGCUGAACGAGCUCUGUCAUUGAAUGGUACAUCAUUCAUGACCCGCCUUCUCAAGGUUGUCAGGCGAAGCUCUCAUGAAGCUUCUCACUUUUAUGGAUGGCCUGGUAGUGGUCGGUCAUCAAUGUAUGCUAGGCAUAGUAGGAUGGCAUACCCAAGGGGUGUUCUCCCUGGUAGUUCUUUUAGAGGGCGUACUCCGAUGAAGGCCGGUGCCAGAAGUUUUCAGUGGAAACGUGAGCCUUCGGGCACUGAUUCAAAUCAGGUGCAAAACCCGACAUGAGUGUGGCACUGUCUUCAGCUGAACAGGUGCUUCCACCAGCCACAUAUGAGAUCAUAUUAUAGUUGAUCAUGGACAUGGUAAUUGGUGAGAACCAAUUGGUGUCUUUCCAAUUGUGUAGCAUAUUUGAAUCAGGACAAUAGGGCCAAUAAGCUAAGAUGGUUGCUCCAAAAAUGCUGCAUAGCAAAAAGGAACCAGAAAACAUAAAAAAAAGGAAAAAACAAAAAGGGGAAAGAAAUUAGGGUGGAGUUCGAUAAACUGGCAUGCUGAUACUUUAUUGGGCUGCCGCAACAAGUUAGCAUUUUUCAUCUGCAGUCUGUAAGGGGCUUACUCGGAUUUCAAAUGAGCACAGCGUUUCCGUUGUGCUGGUGGCUGCUUCAAUGAGGAUUAGUUGCCACCAGACCAAAAUGAGGACCAGUUUCCGGACAUGAUAUUCUAGCGCGUAGACUCUCUUUUUGUAAGCCCUAAUUGUAUAGCAACCUAUUUAUUUGUACUCUACUCUCUGAACCCUCUCCCAAACAAAAAAAUAGAGAAAAGAAAAGCAAGUCUCUGUUAUUUCCAGUUGGACCAACUGUAUUUAUUUCUUAAUGUAUUGGUACUUUUUAGUUAGACAUUCGUUGAUGUGCUGAACAUUACAUUAUCUCGAACAUCCUUCCCUAUCCAUAAAUGUAUUGAUUAUUGAGCAUGUUUACUAGAAAA